AUGGGACUGCCACCCUACACAGGGCCGUUCAAGGUCGGCGUGCUGGAUCUCGAGAUUCCAGUGCGAAAGCCGCGCAGCUUCUGCAGCAACGUCGUUGAGCCUGGCGUUCUCAACAAGCCGGCUGCAAAGGCUCGCCGAUGGGCCAAGAAGCAGAACAAGGAGGCGAAGGAGAGCCGCAAGGAGAAGGAGCGAGAGGCGGACUCAGCCGCAAGCCCUGCCCAGAGCCCUUCAAGCGCGGAGGCUGGACCCAGCACGAGUACCGUCAACGCCUCCAACGCCGAUGCCAGCACGUCAGAUCAACCGCACUCUACCGCCGAGGGCAAUGAGCAGCCGUGCGGCAGUUGCGGCUGCCCAAACGACGACGAGAACGACUCAGAAGAGGCCGACACACCGUGGUCUCCUUGGUCCACCGGCUCCAAAACAUGCACUCUGCACCUCGAAACCGUCCUAUUCACCAUCUACUACCCGACCCUACCCAUGCCGGACUCAGACUUCAAACGCUACCCACGAGCGGCGUGGCUUGGUCGACCCGUCCACGCGGGUGUCCGCGCUCUGUUCCAAUACAUCGGUCAAUACGGUCCCUUCGCACUACCUCUCAGUCCCAUAGUAACGACGCUCAUCUCGGCGCGUCUACCCGCACGUGUCGGUCCACCUCUCGCCGAUCCAGAAGAGCUUCGUCGUCGUGCCGAUCCCUCUCACGCCAACACGGACCGGGCUGCCACGGGCAACUUUGGCGCGCGACCCCCACAAUUUCCGGUGGUGAUCUUCUCCCACGGUCUCGCAGGCAACCGUCUCAGCUAUUCUCAGUACUGCGGUGAGCUCGCGUCCCAGGGCAUCAUCGUCGCGGCGAUUGAGCAUCGCGAUGGUUCGGGAGUCAGCAGCAUCGUUCGUGGCGAAGAAGCGCCUGGUCACGCCAACAGGCGGGGGUUCCACAUUCACAAGCCAUCGGGUAGGAUGAAGGCAAGCGUGCCAUAUUUUACAUUCGAGAGUAUCGGACUGCAGUCGUUUGCACCGGAACCGAGCGAGAGGGAGGUCAAUCUGCGAAGGGAUCAGAUCGAGAUGCGACACGCUGAGAUCGAGGAGACGUUCUGGGUGCUAAGCGAGAUCAACGCGGGUCGCGGGUAUGAGAUCGUUCGUCGAUCAACGAGGAGUUUGGGGACCAAGUUGGCGGGUCAUUCUGCGGCAGCGGGUAACACCAGGUUACCCGUCUCGAGCGUUCUACGCUCUGAGCGACCGUUGGAAGAUUGGAAAGGAAAGCUGGAUAUGGACUUCCCUACGUUGUGCGGGCACUCGUUCGGUGGAGCGACGGUGAUCGAGCUGAUGCGACGGGAGAAUCCGUUUCCGAUAGCGCUGGUGCUAGACCCCUGGGUCGAGCCAGUACGCGAUCCAUCCGAGCAGGAACAUAAAGUCCAUGGAACCCUCGCCAAGCCCCUCUACGUCCUGAACUCCGAAUCGUUUACCGUAUGGGAGGAGCAUUUCGACAAGCUGAAACGGAUCUGCUUGGAUGCGAGGAAGACGAGUGGAAGAGGAUGGUUGUUGACCUUGACGGGGAGUAAGCACACGGACUUUAGCGACUAUCCGUUUCUCCUGCCCAAGAUCUUCCGGUCGACGGUGGGGCCGAAGCAUACGAUCGAGGUGUUUAGCAAGGCGACUUAUAUGCAGAUGGGGCUGAGUCGGCAGCGGUGGAGGGAGCAGGAGGACGCGCCAGGACUCAAGGUGGACAGACAGGGGUCCGUGAGGGACGGUGCGCCCAACUUGGACGAAGAAGUUGGCAACCAGGCCGAUAGCGAUGCUACUGCCACCGAGACCACGAAGAUAGUCACAUCCCCAACAAGCUUGGACGACAACACGAUAUCGAUCACGCCGCUACCAUCGGAGGAUCAAAGUAACACCGCGAGGCGUGGGAAGAUCAUGCCAUCCCAAACCGUGGUACAGUCGCCAAUAUGCGAAGUCGAACAGGGCGGCAAUCAGAUCCACCGCGUCAACGCCCACGUCGACGCCCACGAGGGAUCAGCCACGUCGGCGACCACAUCUCAGACCCAGCCGAGGUCACCGGAAGCGGCUUCAUCAGCGGCCAAUUGUGCAUCUUUGCGGGAAGAAAGCCAGACCGACACAGCAGCGAUGGGCGCCGAAGCGCGGGAAAUGGCCGGUGCAGUGCAACGAGCGACGAGCAUCGCCACGACCCCUGGUCUCGCAACGGCCCGCCAAAAAGGGUUCAUCACCGACCUCAAGUACCUGCAAAUGAUCGAUGCGGAUGCAGACGUGCAACAGGUGCACGAACGGCUCGAACAAGUGGCCGACCGCUUCAAGGACAAGAAGACACGACCUCGCUCUUUAAUGUCGGUUUUCAUGUACAUGAACGGCUUCAAACCGGGCCUCGAUCGGCCAGGCAAGGUGUUGAUUCAUCAGCUCAACUCGUCGCAUCCUCCCAAGUAG